CGUGAAGGAAUUGGAUAUUAACCUCAGAGGCGCUCGACGGACUCUUCAUGAGGAACACAGGAGCAUCUUCACCAAUUCUUGCAUCGGGUUAUUUAAUUCAAAUUUUGUACACAGACUGACGACGUAAACAUACCUGAGGAUUAACAACAUCGGACACGAAACAAAACCUUUUAUAGAGACUGACAGUGGAUCCAGAAGAAUGAAUUUAUCUUAUUUAUACACAUUUUUUUUCUUCCUGUCCGUCUUAUCUUUGCAUGACUGUAACGAUGCUGCACAGGGUUGUAUGGAUAAGCAGAAAGUGAUUGGCGUACUGCGUCAAAUGGAGAAGUUUCUCAAAGGACAGGAGGUCCGAUUCACAGAAGGGCUUCGGGUUAUGAAGUCCAAACUCACCAAUCUUCAAAACUCUGUGUUGAAGUUACCGCAGUCAGACCAGUCUUCAUCCCAGAUUUCGUGUCCACCACUGACGGCUCCGGCCCAUGGAAGGAAGUUCGGCUCGAAAUACCUGGUGGGUCACGAGGUCCAUUUCACGUGUUCUCAGGGUUAUCGUUUGGUGGGACAAGGAACACGCGUGUGCCAGGAGAACGGCACCUGGAGUGGAGGCAAUGUCGGCUGUAAAGAUGUGAGUGUAUGCAGCAGUAACCCGUGCCAGAACGGUGCCACCUGUGUGGAGACACCGAACCAGUACAAGUGCACCUGUGCACAUAACUGGAGUGGAAGCCACUGUCAGUAUCGAACACAAACAGCUCCUCCAGAAUGGAGCGUUAUGAAUGAUCCGGCCUUCAGCCGCAAACCCCGCUGUGCAAAAGUGGACCGAACCCAGCACUGUAGCUGUGACGCUGGCUUUCAUAUGAGUGGAACCUCAGACAACAGCAUUUGUCAGGAUGUGAAUGAAUGUGAGGUGUAUAAGACUGAGCGCGGAGGGUCUCUAUGCCCUCACGUCUGUGUAAAUGUCCCGGGAUCUUACCACUGUUCCUGUCCCACUGGUUACAAACUCCUCGCUGAUGGAAGGAGCUGUGAAGAUGAGGAUGAAUGUCUUACACAACAACACAACUGCACCCGUGGCACCACCUGUAUCAACACCGGAGGAGGAUUCCAGUGCGUGAACCCCGAGUGUCCGCGCCCGCAGACUAACAUUAGUUAUGUGAAGACCUCAACUUUCCAAUGUGAAAGAAAUCCCUGCCCCAUGGAUAGCCCCUCCUGUCCAUUGGCUGCAAAGACCAUCUCAUAUCACUACCUGUCCCUCCCAUCCAAUCUGAGAACCCCCGCCACCCUGUUCCGAAUGGCCACAGCGACCGCUCCGGGUCGGCCGGGUCCCGACAGCCUCCGUUUCGGGAUCGCCGGAGGAGGUGAAGCCAGGAGUUUGUUCGUCAUGCAGCGCUCAGACCGACAAACCGGUGAACUUAUCCUGGUUCAACCGCUACGGGGCCCUCAAGAGCUCAGCGUGGAGGUAGAGAUGUCCGAAUACGCCGAUCGCACCUUCCAAGCCAAACAUCUGGCCCGAGUCCACCUUCUGGUUUCAGCCUAUGAGUUCUGAAGAGGUUGGGAUGUAUCUGAUGUGUCUAUAUUAAGUGCUAAUGUUUAGACUUAGGAAGAAUGUUUACAAAGUCUGAAUGAUCGAGUUGUACGUAAAGGCAGCACAGGGUUUGAUGUUGGGGUGCUACAAAAAUGAACGUUGUGGAAAAUGUAAUGCUCUUAUGGAACCGAUACUGAUGUUUCAACUCUAAUGCUUUUGCUUUAACGCUGGUAGAGUUUUUUGGUAAAAGGCGAAGUGUGGCUUUAUUUGGAGGUUAAAACACCAGUUUUAUGUCUAAAUGCAAUUAUAAAUAAGCUUGUUACCUGAAGAGUGUAAACACUGUCUGUAGCAAUGCUUUGGUUGAGAUCCAUCAUCUAACUUUUGGCAGUCAAAACCAGUGUUAGGGAAAGUUACUUUUAAAAGUAAUGCAUUACAAUAUUAAGUUACUCCCCCCAAAAAGUAACUAAUUGUGUUAAUUAGUUACUUUUCAUGGAAAGUAAUACUUGCGUUACUUAUAAGUUACUUUUGCGUUACUUUUUCUUACUUGGCUAAACCUUGAUCUCUUUAAUUUGCAUAUUUCCAUCGCAAAAAUGUCAAGUUCUUCAGUCCUUCAAUCUCCAUUUCUGACUCAAACUGUUCUCGCUCAGGCACAUACGCUUAGAUUGCGUAAUUCUACAUGACUAUGUUCAGUUUAAUUCAGUACAUUUUUUAUUAAAUUAAUUAAACUAAAAAGUAACUUGCAUUACUUUUUUUUUAAAGUAACUCAAAUAAUAAUGUGUACAUUUAUAAAGUAAUGCGUUACUUUACUCGUUACUUCAGAAAAGUAAUAUUAUUACGUAACGCACGUUACUUGUAAUGCGUUACCGCCAACACUGGUCAAAACAAUUUAAAAAAAUCAUUAGAUUUGCAACCUUACACUUCACCAAACCAAACUGCAAUGCACAGCUGACUUAAAGGUAUAGCGGAAGAUUUUCCUGAAUUAUUUAAAAGAACCGCCCCCUCGAUAUUUUUUAAAAAAUACACACGCAACACUCUCCCUCCUCCCAAGGGGGAACGCCUGUUAAACGCGUGCACGAGACAGAGACAGAGAGAGAGCAUGCAGGAGCUCAGUUCUUCUCUUUGCUCUGUUUACAAGUUGCUGUCGGCAUGUUUACCGUGUCUGUGCGGUUCGUGACGUGUGCCAGGGCUAGCAUCGCUAAUCAUAGCUUACAUCAACUUUUACUAGCAGUGAUUUUAAAUGGAUUUCUCCAAAUAGCAUGACAAAAUGUACCUUUCCAGUAGAAACUUCGCGUGGGAAGCCCAACCUGUCCUAUUAGCUUACGCCAGCGUGUGAAAUAGUCUCCCAUAAACAUUCUGGUCUUGUUUCUUUCUUUAUAGUCCUUUCUCUUCUUGUCAUACAAUUCGUAGACACUUUUUCUCUUGCGACCCUCAGACAUUUUAAAAAAAAAAACACAGCGAGAACGCGAGCUUCAAUGAAUGGUUGAAACCGUAGCACAACACACAUACGCGUGAAAGUGCGCAUGCGCAGCAAGCGAACCAAGAGGCGAGCACGUACGACCGUUAUACGUCAACAUAUAAUCAGAAUGAUUGACAUCUGGGAUGACCAAUAGUCCUGAUGAUCCACCCGGAAAACGAAAAUCUUCCGCUAUACCUUUAAGAAUUACUUAUAGUCAAUAUGCAUUAUGCAUUUAAGGAUAUCAAAAAGUCGUAUACAGUUUGAUGUUGAUCAAAAACAAAAUGUUUCCAAUUAAAAAAAAAGAUAUUUGACUUGUUUGUUGAAUUUGUAAAGAAACGCAAACAAACACCGACAAAGUGUUUGUCUGAAUGAUGUCAGCAGUUACAAUGAAUAAAUGCUGAGGAAUGACUGCCCGAAGACACAAAAAUUAAACAAACCUCAGAAACAUCCUGAGAGAUUGCUUCUUUGUAUAAUCCUUGUUAAACAGUUAAAGACCAAUAUCUUAACGGGACAUUCCACUUUUUUUGAAAAUAUGCUCAUUUUCCAGCUCCCCUAGAGUUAAACAUUUGAUUCUUACCGUUUUGAAAUCCAUUCAGU